UCAAUUGGCGUGUUUUUCGCUCUAGUUGCAAUUUUAGUUGUUGCUGCUGUCAUAAUCAUCAAGCGAAGGCGAGCUCAAAAGCAGGAAACGAACGUAGAAAUGUUCUCGGUAGAAUACCAGGAUAACGAAAGCGAUGAUUUUGAAAGCUACGCAAGUGAAGACAAGUUUUUUGGAUCAAACGGGUGCGCGGGAACUGGUAGCAAUGAAAGAAUCUAUUUAAAUGAGAGCAGUGGAAAUGCUAAAGAAAACAGACAUCCACCAGUCUCCUUGGCAGAAUUUUUGCACUACGUUAAUGAACUAAAAGCUAACGAUAACUAUAUGUUUGGCAAUGAAUACAAUGAUUUACCAAAAGAUUUUACCACAUCUUGGGAAGUGUCAAAAAGGCCGUUCAAUAAAGACAAAAACAGAUAUGGAAAUAUUGUCACAUAUGAUUAUUGUCGUGUUGUUCUCUCUGGAGAUGAAAAUGAAGAUUACAUUAACGCUAGCUACAUUGACGGAAUGAGUGCAAAUUCCUAUAUAGCAUGCCAAGGCCCAACCCCAGUUACAGUGAAUGAUAUGUGGAAAAUGGUUUGGGAGCAGCGCAGUUACUCUAUUGUGAUGGUAACUUCUCUCAACGAACUUGGAAACCGUAAGCCUAAAUGUGAGAAGUACUGGCCUGACGAAGGAAGUAAAAUGUAUGGAGAUAUUGAAGUAACGUUGGAGAAGACGGAAAUAUUUGCUUUCUCUGAAACACACACGUUACAAAUUAGGAAGGGCGACGAAAAACGAGAAGUCAGACAUUACUACUUCAAAUCCUGGCCUGAUCACAGCGUCCCAAAAUAUCCUACAGAGCUCCUAGCUUUUAGAAAUCAUUACAGGACCCAUCAUGUGAAACAAUCUGGACCUAUCAUCGUACACUGCAGUGCUGGUGUUGGGAGAACCGGUGUCUUUAUUGCUAUAGAUACCAUUCUUGAUAAACUCGACAAAGGUGUAGUGAAUUGUAUUGAUGUGUUUGGAGAGGUUUCUUCAAUGAGAGAACGAAGAAUGAAUAUGGUGCAAACAUUGGAACAAUAUAUAUUUGUCUACGAAGCAAUCAUGGAGGCAAUUGUAUGUGGGAUGAACGAAGUUGAUUGCUGUAAUAUCAAAGAGGAGAUUGGGAAACUUGCGGAAACUAAGCCCAGUGGUUUAACUGGUUUUCAAGAGAAGUUUAAGACGUUGGAAAAAGUGUCACCAAUUCUUACUCCAGAUGAAUGCAUUGCUGGAUUACUUGAGGAAAAUGGCAAAAAAAAUCGUGUUGAAAAUGUCUAUCCAGGGGAAGGCAAUCGUGUUACACUGGAAUACUUGGAUGGUGUUCAAAAUUCAGAUUAUAUCAAUGCUGUUUUUGUUGAUAGUUACACUACAAGAAAUCAUUUUAUCGCGACGCAAAGUCCUCUUCCUAACACAAUCAACGACUUCUGGCGACUGGUUUAUUCGCAAAAAUCAUCCACGAUUGUCUUGUUAAAUAGCUUACAAGAUGGAACGGCAUUCCCGAUAUUUUGGCCAACGACUAUGAAAGAAAAGCCAAUUCAGUAUGGUUCUUUAACGGUGCAAUUCAAUUCUGAAUGGGAAUCUAAUGGGAUAUGGACUAGAGAAUUCGUCAUAUCACCUUAUCCGGAUUUACAAGAUUGUCGUGAAGUUAAAAUAUUCCAUUACACAAAAUGGCCGCACCAUGGUGUACCACGCCACACAGAAAGCGUCGUUAAUCUAUUGUCAUUGGUUGAAAAUUCCUGGGAGAGUGAUAAUCAAGGACCAAUAAUUGUUGCAUGCAGUGAUGGUGCUGGACGUACCGGAACAUUCAUUGCCAUCUCAAACCUGCUUGAACGAAUGAAAGUUGACCAGAAAGUUGAUGUCUUUCAGGCAAUUAAAAUCAUUAGAGGAUCACGACCACAAUUUGUUGAAAAUUCGAAACAAUAUAGGUUCUGCUAUUUGGUAAUAAUGGCUUACCAGGAUUCCUCUGCAUGUGUGAAGACGUAAACCUGGCCGGAGGCGGGACGCAUAAAAUUAAUGUGAAUCACAUACAUCGAUAAAUGUCAGUUGGAAUUCCUAAUGGUUCUUUAAUAUAGCUACUGUAGCUAAUUUGGGGCUUUAAAAAUUAUGUAGAAAUGAAAGGAAAUCCUGCCUAGCCUAAAACAGUGAACAGUAAUAAAACCCGCAACGCUAACUUGCCCGCCAUCUUUGAAGCCAAUCAUGAAGAUAGUUUUUGGUUAGGGUUAUCUCAGGUAUGGUAGAGCACCUAGUGUCCAGACUCUUUACUUUUAUUGCGCACUCACGUUUAUCAAAAAGGUGCCGGCAAAAAAUGACCACUA